AUGUCGAAGCCCGACCAUGAGUCCCUGAGCCACGAGGAGGCGAAGCGCAAUAAGAGGAUGAAGUGGACGAUCGGCAUCACUGCCUUCGUCAUCUUUCAGGUCGUCGUGGCCGUCUUCUUCGUCCUAGUCAUCAUGAAGUUCAAGUCCCCCAAGUUCAGGGUCGGCGAGUUCGACGUCCAGACCUUGAACGUCGGGACUCAGGCCUCGCCCUCGUUCGACAUGAGCUUCGUUGCUCCCAUCCGGAUCAAGAAUACCAACUGGGGUCCCUUCAAGUACGAUGCGACUACGGUGAGCUUCAUUUACGGAGGCGUUCAGGUAGGGCAAGCAACGAUUCCAAAGAGCAAGGCCAACUUCAAGUCCACCAAGAAGAUCGAUGUGAACGUGAGCUUGAGCUCCACUAGCAGUUCGAAUCUAGGGAGCUCGGAACUCAUAACGUUGAACAGCCAAGGCGAGCUCAAAGGGAAGGUGACAGUUAUGUUCAUGUUCAAGAAGACGAAGGUGUCCCAGAUGAAUUGCACCAUGGCUGUCAAUACAACAACAAAGGCAGUCCAGUCCCUGUCAUGUAAAUAA